AUGGAGAUGCAAAACAUAAGAGUUGUCGCUCGGAGUCCCAGGCAGCAGGCAAUGGCUGGCGCAAGUGAUGCGUCAAAGCUCUCACUGAGCUUGUCCUGGACUUCUCGAUCCUCUACGAGACAGCGCCCGGCUAAUCGCCAUCUGUGGAGUAAUUCUCGCCCCCGCCACGCACACGCAUACACGCAUACACAUGAGCCUCGAGUCUCGACUCUCGUUGACUGCUCGAGUGACCUACAGGCCCAAUUGACCCCAAAUGGAAAGUCCGCAUCGAACCGGCGAUUAGGGGCACUGGGUCACCCAAAGACUCACUAUUCCACGCCCGUGUGCCCUAUGUCCUCCACCGUGCAGAUCUCAUCAGCGAAAGCUCAGGACCCUAUCAUGUGCCAUUCAUCGCAACCCAAGGACAAGUCGGGGCGCCUUCAAUGGAGGGAAAGAGGAGAGACAGAAGAGAGGGAACGAACAGCCCGUCUGGGGGAAGAUCAAAGCUUAUGGCGAGAGGCGUCAUCUGACAUCCAAAGUCUAAAAGAUACCGACACGGAGAGUGUCCACGCCCAAGAAAGGGCUGAACUACCAUCUGUUCCAAUUGCCUGUGAAUCUCUUCCAUCCUCGGCCAGGCGGUCCCGACCCCUGAGGUCACGGGCGCGUCCCGAAAAGUUGCUUGAUUCCGGUGGUUCACUUCUCUCACUUCCCCUCUAUCCCAGAUAUGCUUAUCCGCGCCCGACUGAGGACUCUUUCCCUGCUGUGCGGGAGGAAGGGGAGCCAAAUAUUGAGGAGCCAUCUCGCAGAGAUUUGCAGGAUCGUUACAUUGGCGUGCCGCGCCGACCUGAGCGGACCACCCCAAGAGUUCGGACGCUCGGUCUCCUGAAUCGUGAGAUUCGUGUUCACACCCCGUCGAAGGCUGCGGCUACUAUUACCCAUUUGGCCCAUUCAGACGUCCAUCUCCCCCCUCUCGUGGGUCGCAAUACGAGGAGGAGAUCCACCACGGCGUGUCCCAAGUUUGUGCCCCAGAAGAGGGCACCCACUGUUUUCGGAAUGUGGUUAGUCUAUGGGCUCCAAGCGCCGGCAGAGGAAUUCCAAUUGACGAUCACCACCAUCUUUUUUAACACUCUACAGCACUGGAUUGUACGCAAAGUACGAGACGUCCUCCAUGCACGCGCACGCGACAGCUCUGUGCUCGCGAUCUGCAUGUGGACUGUGGAUGUCGGCAAAACGCACUCGAUCCUGCGCGACAGCUCCACUAGCAAGCCACACAAUAACAACCCAGCAAUCGCAUGGUGCCCCAGGGGACUCAAAAAGGUUGCUUGUCGUCGAAUUCUUCUUCGAGACUUCACCGGGAAGUUUGUCAAGCGGGGGCUACCCAACGGCCGAUCAUUCGAUGGCGCAGGUAAAGCUUCCGGACCAGAUUGGCCGGCGAAACGCGGCGAGAACGCUUUGUUCUCCAAGGAUCCACACUAUCUACGCUCAAGGUGGAGGCGCGUCUGUCCGUGCUGGGAUGAUCGGUAG